CGCAUUCUGUCCUCACUCACUCACUCUCCCUGCCGCCGCUGAGACACGAAGAGUAACUGCCUCGCAACGCCGCCCUUGCCAUCGCGACAGAGUGUCGUACACAGCGGAGCUCCCUCGCGACGCCAUCCUCACUGUGCCGUUUCAGGUGCAAGAUUGGAGAUAUGCUAGAACAAUAAGUUCAGCAAAAGCCAGGUUCUGAAUGGGGUGGAAGCAGUGGAGAUAGGUGUUUGACGAAAUUCCCCAUAAACGAAGCUCAUGGGCAAGAAAGGAGGGGCCAAAAAAUUAGAGUCUGUGUCUCACACUCCAAUAUCAUUGAGGGAAGAAGCCACCGGAAAAAUACAAACCAAGGCAGCCUCAAACACCAAGUCCAAAUUGAGAUUUGAGCACUUGAAAAACCUAGCAGUGUGGGCCACCGCCAUACCAUCUUUGGGUGCCUUCUAUGGACACCAAUUCGCCGCCUUUGGAGAGGCCACUGGAAUACCACCCGAUCCUUCUUUAAUAACUUGCCAAAGAUGUGAAACUAUUCUUCAACCUGGAUUUAAUUCAACUGUACGAAUUGAGAAGAAUCAAUCAAAGCUCAGGCAUAGACACAAGAAGUCUGGUAACAUCACUCAAAACAAGGUAGUGUACAAGUGCCAUUUUUGUUUGCAUCAGAAUCUGAAGAGAGGGACUCCUAAGGGACACAUAAAAGGAAUCUGUCCAUCAAAAGAUAAAUCAUCGUUAGAGUCAACACCUCCAUCAAAAUCCAUCACAAGUGAUUCUUCUAAAUUAGAGAAAGGCAUUUUAAGCAAAGAUGAAGCCAAUGAAAUAAAUGUGUUUCCUUUACGAGAUGUAGCUAACGUGGACGGUUUAGCUACUCCGUCAAGUACAAAUACGACAACUUUGUCUAAAAAGGCUAUUAAAACUAUAAACAAGUCUGCAAAACAAGUAGCAAAAUCUGCAAGUACAUCCAACAAAAGACGAAGAAAAUCUUGGACUAGUUUAAAGGAAAUUGCUCAGAGCAACGAGCAUAAGAACAAUCCGAUUGCUAAUUUAACGAUCCCAUUCUUUUUAUAAGCAGAGAUAUUUUCUAUAUAGGUUAAAUUGAGUUGUAUUUCUUUUUACAUGAUGCAUGCAGGCUUUAUGUUUUAUCUGCUGAUUACACUUUCAAGCAAAUAUGUUUUUACUGUGUUUGAUGCUCUGUUGGACUUUUGUUCUCCUGCAUGGAUAUCAGUUUAGUUUUCUUUUUUCUAUUUGCAAUUUAAGCUUGUCUCUAUGAGCUACAGUAGUGUAGCUGUCUCA